AUGCCUGUGAUGUUCCUCCAGGCAGCUGAUGCUGAAAUCACGGAGGAAGCCCUGAACAAGGCCUUAGCAUCGAUGGCUACCGUCCUUCGAGAGAAGGUGGAUUUCGCUCUGUGCUAUGACCUCCGAAUGCUAAGGACUCCUUCCAUGUCGAAUAGCUCCAAGAUCAUCAAUUGGAUGAAUGAUGACGAAUUGGGGCCGCUCCUGUCACAGCAUGCCCUCAUCACGUGUGUGAUGGUUACAAGGUCCUGGGCAGGCAUGGCCAUCAGCACCUGCACCAGUGUCAUCCAGAAGCUGUGUUCGGCCAGCAAGCCGGUAGCUGUGGUUUACACAGAUGAGGAGCGCGAUGACUUCCUACGCGAAGCUAUCAGAAAGGUUAAGGUGGCUGCUGAAGGCGCCCAAGAGGAAACAAAGGAGUGA